GAUCUACCUGGCUCCGACCUCCACCUGAUCACAGGGCCUGUUGAUUGUUUGUAUCUCUGUGGAACCACUUGCUGGUGUGCCCUGUGAGAGCUCCCUGUGAGUGGACAGUGUCAGUGUUUACCUGCUGGGGACGUGCUGGAUAGAGCGCAUGUAGGAAAGUCUCUCUGUGUCAGUCGCCGAUUGCUGGGGGCCGUUUGUCUGGCUCAGUGCGUUGCUGGAGAUGGCAAAGCAAUUCCCACCGAAGAUCAGCUCAAUACUAAUGACUCCGGAUCCUCACUACAUCCCCGGGUACGGAGGCUAUUGUCCUCAGUAUAAGUACAGUGUGGGGCAAUCCUAUGGCAAGUUGACCUCUAAGCUGCUGACAGAUCCUGGGAUAGCACGUUCUGGCCGAUUAAUUCUUCAGCCAACCCACUUACCAGCUCCCAGCAUUGAUGAGGGAACGAACCAUCAGCUCCGGAGUUGUAAAGUCAGCUGGGCAGACCAGAAACUGAAUGACGUAAUGAUCCCCGGAUACACAGGAUUCAUUCCCAACAUGGAACACUAUUUUUCGAAAACCUACACGAAAACCUGCAAAGAUGCAAUCAGGCAGUUUGAGAGAGAACAACUCAAGAUUGCUACCAAGAAACGGGAGCUGGAACUCAUCACCUCACUGCAGUCUGGGAACCGCAAAGCAAGAACAGAGCAAGAAAAAAAACUUCUAACAGUCAGGUGCAGCAUGCCUCUCAGACCCACGGGAACAAGCAUUCCUCCUUACAACUCACCUUAUUCCUACAAAGCUCUGGGCUCUCCGUACCUAAUGGCAAAUGAAAACCCCCACAAACACUUUAUCUCAGGAUACAGAGGGUUUGUUCCACGUGCACAGUUUCUGUUUGGCGCUGGCUACCCCAUUAUCACCAACAAAGCUCUGAUCGAGUUCAGUCGGGUGCUUAAUAGAUCAAAGACUUCACCAGUUCCUGUUGGAAACUCUUUGAAAGAAGGUGAAGGCCUACCGAGGAUCAAGUCUGCCUGUCCCCUGACUGGGAUGUGCUGCCCCACUAUUCAGUCUAUGCACCAGAAACCAAGUUUCAAUUUGGGCACAGCUAGAAAGACCAUAAGCGCAACACACUGACCACAAGUACCAACGAGACAAACCGCUUGAUCACUUCUUGAUCACUUGAUCACUUCUCACUCAGCUAUCAAGCACUAGGAGCUUAUGAAGAUUCAGUAUUUUUACAAUUCACAAUUAAUUAGACUGCUUUAUGAUUUUGCAGGCGUUUUAUGUGUAAAGAAAAUGCACAAACAAGGAAUGUGAAGGUAAUGUUUGUUGUAAAUGUGAUUUAAAUAGGCUGACAGAAAAAUAAACUAACUGGAAUUUAA